CUGUGUUUCUUUUACAGUUUUGAAGAAUUCAAAGUGAUCUGUUUUUUAUUUUCCGGUAGAAAAAGGUGAGGAAGAUGAAUUCAGGGGACGACUAUGUUUCAAAGAGGAGAACUAAACAACAAUCUUUAAAACAUAUGGUGGAGAUUGUUGAAAAGAGGAAGGAGUUGAGUCAAAGUGGGGAUUCUACGAAUGGAAGGAAAAGAAAAAAGAUGGAGACUUCUGGAGUGGAAAAUAAUGGGAGGAGGAAGUUCAGUAGAGGAACUUCUGAGUGCUUAACAAAGCAGAGUUUCGUUGAGGAAGUAUUUGAUGAUGAUGAUUCGUCAUCGGAGGAGACUGGUCCUGAUCCUGAUGUUGAUGUUGAUAUUGUUGAGGAGGGCAGUGAUCCUGAUGUUGUUAUAGUUGCGGAGGGGAAGAGGCGGAGUUGCAGGAGGAGACUAAUCCUGAUGCAACCUCAUACUAUAAGUCGGAAAUCGAAUCUUCAACUGAUGCUCUUCGAAAGAAUCCGAAAAGAUUCUUGAAGAGUCCGAAUUUCUUAAAUUCAUUGUUGAUUCAAUAAAAAAUAUCGAUGAUCGCAAGGAAGUCCCUCUUCCAGAAGAGAAGGAACAUGUUUCUUUCAAAGAAACACUUCCUUUAGUAUUCCGAUUUAAAGACGAGGAACCUCUUUCCCCUGAGAAUGAAGAAAGAGAAAAGGAAAUAGAAGAUCUUUUCUCUGAGAUGAACAUGUGCAUCUUGGAAUCAAAUAUUGGAUUUACGAAUCCAUCUGUUUUGCCGAUGCAGAGUGGAGGAUUAAGUGAAUGUCAAAUGGGGAACCACAAGCUUAAGCUAGAUGAACAAAUAGGACUCUUCUAUUUAGUUUGUUCAUAUGUCCAUUUGGAGAUAAAACACAUCUUCCCUGAUUUUGUAAGUAUACGAGUUUUGUUCUUUCAAGUACUUUUCUUUUCAAAUAUUUUUGUAAAUACAUCUUCCCUCCAAUUUAUUUAUAAUUCACUCUUAAAUUCUU